AUGGAGCAGCUGAUUAGAAAGAAGCGAGCCAGAGUUGACUCGGAUGCGUCAGAAUUUAACUCACCGGAGGUAAAGAGACUCAGAGAAGAUCUCUUAGACGGUCUCGACGACUCCGAGUUUUGCACCGCAACUCAGGAUUUCGACUCGUUCAUGAAGAGUUUCGAAGAAGAAAUCUCAGCUUCGCCGGCACCUCCGGCAGCGGCAACGGCGACGGAAGUUGCGGAUUUGACGGAGGACUCCGAUGAGUCUCAGCCGGAGUUCGGGUAUCUUCUGGAAGCUACCGAUGACGAGCUCGGACUUCCUCCACCGGCGGCGUCGGAGAUUGAGUUGAUCAGUAAUGAGUUAUGGGAACUGGAAGAGCGAUUUCCAAAUUACGACUCGUUCGAGUUGGGAAUCGCUGAUUUGGUGGACUAUAAUAAUGCUAAUAAUGUUUGUGAAUACGUAGCGUUAGAUGGAUUGUUCGAUCAUUCGGAUCUUAGUUUCGGGUCACCCGAUUUUCUAUGGAGACCCGAGACGUUACCGGCAAAAUAG